CUCCAAGUACUUCCGGGGCUGCAAAGAGGAUCCGGGGCUGAGCCUGCCUCCCGAGCACCCUCCUUCCUUCCUUCCUUCCUCCCAUCCUUGCAGGGCUAGUGACGUUUGCCUGGCGAGCCGCCCACCGGGGGCUCCUCUUGCCUUGCCGGGCCGGGGCCAGGGCUGUUCCCGGCCGGGGCCCAGGAUGUGGUUCUUCUCCCGGGACCCGAUCCGGGACUUCCCCUUCGAGGCGGUCUCUCCGCCGGAGCCGCCGCUGCUGCCGCAGCCGGGGGGAGCCUGGCAGCUGCACCGCGGCAGGAGGAAGGCCACAGGGGAACAAGUCUCCCUCUUCGUGCACGACAUGAAACCCAACUCUGAAGACCAGACGCAGAUUGCCAAGGCAGCCUUCAAACACCUAAAGACUCUGCGGCACCCCAAUAUCCUCUCCUACAUUGACGGGUUAGAGACAGAGAAAUGUUUGCAUGUGGUGACGGAGCCUGUGACCCCACUUCUGGUCUACCUGGAGUCGAAGGGAGAGGGGAGAGGCUUGAGCGAGCUGGAGAUUUCGUGGGGCCUCCAUCAGAUUGUGAAAGCCCUCAGCUUCUUGGUCAAUGACUGCCACCUCAUUCACAACAAUGUGUGCACAGCGGCCAUUUUUGUGGACCCGGCUGGCGAGUGGAAGCUGGGCGGCUUGGACUACAUGUGUUCGGCUCAGGGGGACGGUGCCAUGCCACGGAAGGGGGUUCCCGAGCUGGAGAAAUAUGACCCUCCAGAGUUAGUAGACAGCAGCAAGAGUGCUGGAGAGAAAUGGUCAGCUGACAUGUGGUGUCUUGGCUGCCUCAUCUGGGAGGUCUUCAAUGGCCCCCUGCCCCGGUCAUCCUCCCUGCGGUCUCUGGGGAAGAUCCCCAAGUCCUUGGUGCCCCAUUAUUGUGAGCUGGUUGGAGCCAAUCCCAAGUUGCGGCCCAUCCCUGCUCAGUUUCUGCAGAACUGCCGUGGGCCAGGCGGCUUCAUGGACAACAGCUUUGUGGAGACCAACCUCUUUCUGGAGGAGAUCCAGAUCAAGGAGCCUGCUGAACUGCAGACGUUCUUCCAGGCGCUCAGCGCCGACCUGGAUGCCUUCCCAGAGGAAUUCUGCCGCCACAAGGUCCUCCCGCAGCUGCUGACAGCAUUUGAGUUUGGAAGCGCCGGUGCCGUCAUUCUCACCCCACUCUUCAAGGUGGGGAAAUUCUUGAAUGCCCAGGAAUACCAGCAGAAAAUAAUUCCCAUCAUUGUGAAGAUGUUCUCCUCUCCAGACCGAGCAAUGAGGAUUCGGCUGCUGCAACAGAUGGAACACUUCAUACAGUACCUGAACGAGCCCACCGUCAACAGCCAGAUCUUCCCCCACGUCGUGCAUGGCUUCCUGGACACGAACCCGGCCAUUCGUGAGCAGACCGUGAAGUCCAUGCUGCUCCUGGCACCCAAGCUGAACGAGAACAACCUCAACGUGGAGCUGAUGAAGCACUUUGCCCGCCUCCAGGCCAGGGACGAACAGGGGCCCAUCCGCUGCAACACCACCGUCUGCCUCGGGAAGAUCGGGCCCUACCUCAGUGCCAGCACCAGGCAGAGCGUCCUGAUAUCGGCCUUCAGCCGUGCCACAAAGGACCCUUUCGCCCCGUCUCGCGCUGCCGGCAUCCUGGGCUUUGCAGCCACCCACAACUUCUACUCCAUGAAAGACUGUGCCUUCAAAAUCUUGCCCGUCCUGUGUGUGUUGACGGUAGAUCCAGAGAAGACCGUCCGGGACCAGGCGUUCAAAGCUAUGCGGAGCUUCACGACCAAACUGGAAGCCGUUUCCGAGGACCCGGCGCAACUCUCUGAGCUGGAGAAGGACGUCCAGGCUGCCUCGGCUGGCCCAGGGGCAAGUGCAGCUGCCAGCUGGGCUGGGUGGGCCGUGACGGGGGUCUCGUCGCUCACCUCAAAGCUGAUCCGGACAAAUCCUGGGGCACUGCAAGCUGCAGAACAGGCGCCUGAGGGGGCCCCAGCCAGCCCGACCCCAGGGCCUGCCAAAUCAGGAGAUGGCCCACCGUCCGCCCCAGAGCAGACAUCUCUCUCCGCGUCUGAGCAGUGGGACCUGGAGGAGGAUGUGGCCGAGGAGGGAAGCACAGGAGACCAAUGGGAUGAUGAUGAUUGGGGCAGUUUGGAGCAAGAGGACGAGGAGCCGAAGAGGCGAGCCAGCCCAGAUGCCUGGAACAGCCCAGGGUGGCCAGAGCCAGCCUCAGCAGCCAAGAACCCUGGAGGCAAGGGGCAUUGUUCCCAGACCACCACAGCCACAGUGAAGCAGGAAUCUGACUGGAGUGCCUCUGCCUGGGACCUGGAGCCCACAUGGAACCACCAGAAGGGACACGGCUCCACCCCAGAUGUGAGCUGGGGCAGGAGCUGCGAGAGGGACUUCCCCUCCACCCUGGCCCCAAAGUCUGCAGCAGCCCCACAGGAAGGGACCAGACUGGCUAGCGAGUAUAACUGGGAGAGCGUCACCACUGCGGGCAGGCCGGACCCUUUUUCCUCCCUUGUUGGGAAGCCGCCGGCAGAGAGGCAGAGACACAUGGAUGCACUGGGGGACUGGGGCCUCGAGGAGAACUGGGAGGCGCUGGAGUCGGACCAGGGGCUGAGCAAGGCGGAGCUGGCGCGGAAGAAGCGGGAGGAGAGGAGGCAGGAGAUGGAGGCCAAGCGUGCUGAGAGGAAGGCGGCCAAGGGCCCCAUGAAGCUGGGGGCCAGGAAACUGGACUGACUCAGCCACACACCCCUUGGGGGGAUCUUACUUUGCUGCAGCAGCUGCAGGGGGGGCAAGAGGGCUGUUUCUGGCAUGUCUUUGAAUCUCUUCCUUCUGGUAGGUUUUUUUUGGGGGGGGAGAGAGAAGGGGGGGCUGUUUGAGGUGGUGUUUGCUGCCUCCGUCUCCGCUUGCCAAGAACUGUUUCCAGGGCCCUGGGUGCUGUCUCCCCUCCCAUGGUGCAUGAGGCUUGGAUUCCAAACGCCCAAAGGGGGGGGUAGGGGGGGAGAGGCACUUUUUCUGUCUCCACAGAAUAAUUGUUUUGUAUAGGUUUCCAGUAUGGCCAGUGUGUAAUGUAAUUCUCGCCUGUUUUAUUGCUUUACGCAGAAGUAGACAAAUAAAUUAACUCUUUAACGAA